UCAUAUGGCGACACCUGAUGAACUACAAACUCUCCGUCAAGCCCGAACCCGAGCCCGCCAGAGCCGUACACGAGCAUUCACACGACUAUCUGAUGUCCGAGAAAGGAUCAAGAAUCUCUGUACCAACGACGAAGACGACGAGAAUGUCCUGGCGGUCUUGGAAGCUCAAGAAGAGGAACUCGCUCGAGCAUACGUCGAAGCCGAUCAACAAGCAACAGCGGCAGAACGAGCCUAUGAAGAAGCGACAUCGACGAGCCCACCAACGACACCACUGCUUACGCCAGCAGGGUCAACCGGAUUCAACGUCCAGGGAGACUCCAGUAAUCUCUUGAGACGGAACGACGGAUCGGCGGCAAACACCUCCUCUUUUCGCCAGCCUGAUUUCCCAGAAGCUCCAACCCGCAGGGCAGCUACGAGAUGUACCGCCGCUGAAGUGACCAAGCUCGUCCUGCCAAACCUCAUCGACUCAGCUUACCUCAAGGUACACUAUGACGACGUGGAGGACACCCUCGUAGAAGCUGGUGCGGCAACGAGGAGCACUUCGGGCCCCAUCCAAGUGAACCCCGAGGUCCGCCGGUCGGUAAUGACGAAGUUUAUCGGUACCCUCACGAACUCUGAAGUGAAGCCAGUGCACCAAGCAGCUCAAUCGGCUGCUCCGGCUGCUCGAACAGGGAGCUCAACUUCUCGAGAUACUUCGACUUCAAUUGGGAUCUUCGACAGAACCGUCCUAACAGAAAUCGACCAGUAUCUCCUCGCCGCGUCCGAAGCGUACUUUAUCUUCUGCGACAUAUACCACAACGACUCAGCUGAGAGAAGAAACCUUACCAGGCAAAUCAUUGGCCGAUUGCCCCCAGCUAUCGUGGAAAAAGUCAUCCACCGUAUACGACGAUAUGCCGACCACGACGACGACAGUGAGGACUGGGAGACUCUCCUCGACUUCGAGAACGCAACCGGUGACAAACCUUCCGUCUGCGACGUCAUAAGAUCCAUAUGUCGUACGUCGGACGAAGCCACAAUCAUAUGCCAGCCGACGACUCAUAAGGCCGACAACAUCCGAUCUGUCGUGGAACCGGCCCAAGCAUCCUCUUCUCGGACUCUCGCCCAACGGCCUAACUCGGGCUCUGCACCAAUCUCACGACCUACACUGAGCGAAUGGGCCAAAACAUUUCCCGCCGUCUACUACAUCACCGGCCGAGCGGUGCGUAACCAAGAAGAAGCUCUCAAGAUCCUGCGAGCGGACGAGACCAAGGUCCUUCGAAAUCGUCGCGGAUUCCGCUACAUCCUCGCUGCCUACAACGAUGCAACUACGGCCAAAUCCAUUAUGUCCGAGCUCGACAAGGAGAACUACCGCUGGCGCGAGUUUGCUGCAACACCACCGUCAAC